UAGGAACAGUGAGAAUAAAAUCACCUGCGUUGUGUGAAAAAGAAAGAGAAACUGGGCAGGAGGAGCCGCGCGCGCAGGCCUGGGGAACGAGGCUAUCGAUGAGCAGCUUUUGCCAAUAUGGUUUUUUUUGAUCGCGUCUUUCGUUUCCUUUUUAAUAUUUCCGCAUUGUGCGGGGAAAUGGCUUUUUGUCAGACGCUCGUUUGACGGCAUUGUGUCACAUGGGCUGCCGUAGAUGUGCCAUUUGAAAGGACUAUGCGGUGAAGGACGUAGACGUGAUUGGAAGCAGCCAAAGCCAAAAUCUCUCCCCAAAAGGAGCCUCUGCUGAACCGUGGCUCGUCUUCAGCAGCAGAGUCCCACCUGGGCUGUCUGUGUCUGUGGUAGUGUGUAGCUUCAGGACACCAAACUUGUGUUCAGAGGCGACGAUGGCGGAGGACAUCAAGACCAAACUCGAGAACUAUCGCACUGCUCCAUUUGACGCCAGAUUCCCCAACCAGAACCAGACCAAGAACUGCUGGUCCAACUACCUGGACUAUCACCGCUGCCAGAAAGCUCUGGAGGCCAAAGGACAGGACACCCUGCCCUGUGAUUGGUACAAGAGGGUCUACAAAUCCAUCUGCCCCAUGUCCUGGAUCCAGAAAUGGGAUGACCAGAGAGAAGAGGGAACCUUCCCAGGGAAAAUCUGAGCUGGCCAUCGCCAAAGCUGUUGAAUUGUAAAGAUGUAAUCUUUUCAGCAAAUAUUAUUGUGUAUGUGGUGAUGGAGACCACGUGGCUCCGUCACCACCUUUCCAUUACUGGUGCUCUGUCCCAGGAGUAAACCGAAACUGAAUGGUCAUUCCCUACGAAUGCCGUGAGAUGUAAAGCUGAUUCUGUAUUAAAAUAUCUCAGGAUAUAUUUAUGGA